AUGGCGGCUGAUGCGGUCAGCGGCGCCCUUGCCGAGGCGUCGCCGGCCGGCGCGCGUGGACCGGCCGAACCGCUCGCCAAGAUCGACGUCGACGAUCUCAGCGUCUACUACGGCGAGACGAAAGCCCUCGAUCGUAUUGCGAUCCGGAUUCCGGCCAAUCAGGUGACCGCCUUCAUCGGUCCCUCUGGGUGCGGGAAGAGUACGUUUCUGCGGACGCUGAACCGGAUGAACGACAUCGUGCCCGGCGUGCGGGUCAGCGGGACCGUCUCCAUCGACGGUCAGGACAUCUUCGCCCCGGAGACCGAUCCGGUGGAGUUGCGGCGGCGCGUCGGGAUGGUGUUCCAGCAGUCGAAUCCAUUUCCCAAGUCGGUGUUCGAGAACGUCGCCUACGGCCUGCGCGUGAACGGCCUCACCCGGUCGCGCGUCGAGCUCGAAGACCGGGUGGAGUCCAGCUUGAAGGCGGCGGCGUUGUGGGAGGAAGUGCGUGAUCGGUUGCGAGACUCGGCGCUGACGCUGUCGGGAGGACAGCAGCAGCGGCUGUGCAUCGCGCGCGCGCUGGCGGUGCAGCCGGAGGUGCUGCUGAUGGACGAGCCGGCGUCGGCGCUCGACCCGAUCGCCACUCAGCGGAUCGAAGAGUUGGUGUAUCAGCUCAAGCGCGACUACACGAUCGUCAUCGUGACGCACAACCUGCAGCAGGCGGCGCGUGUAUCCGAUUGGACGGCGUUCUUCUGGCUGGGAAAGCUGGUCGAGUGCAAUCGGACCAGCCGAUUGUUCACCGCACCGACCGAGAAGCUGACCGAAGGCUACGUCACCGGGCGGUUCGGGUAG